CCGAAAGCAAAUCUCAGACACGUCAUGCAUGUACGGGCUGAGCUCGAAACGAAAGAAAGGAAGCAAUAAGGAAGAAUGGAAAUAAUCAAGAAAGAUAAAGUGAAGCUUAUCAGGUGGUUACGCUCAGACAACCUCAUUUUGCAGCACGUCCAAUCCGAGAACUUAAUCACCACGGACGAAUACACAAAACUUAAAAUGAUCUCAGAUCCAGGAACACAAAUAACAGAGCUCUUGGAUCUAAUGUUGCAAAAGGAAGAUAAAGUUUGUAUCAAGUUUUUAGAGCUGCUGAAAGAUGAUGAUGUGAAUGAAAGCAGCCCGGCGCUCAGGGAGUGGAUCAAAUCAGUAAAUACUACCUCAGAAACACAACCACAUGCUCCUCAGGAUCCUCAGCCUCCUCAGGGCAACCGGCCAGGUAUUGCCAUGAACAAUAAUCCAAGACUUACAGAUAAUGAAUUUUUUUUGAAGAGGAACCGAGGAAAACUUAUUGAUAAAGUAAAAGCGGUCGAUAGAAUUGUUGAUGACCUCAACUUUACUGGUGGAAAGGCAGAAAGAGUACAAGCUGAGCAAACAGAUCAGGCCAAGAUGAGGAAAGUUCUGGACUACACAACCACCAAAAAAGCUGCUCAGCUUCUGGUUAAUGCCUUGUAUAAACAUGAAGCUGAUGUCAUGGAGGAGCUGACCACGGCCUAAUAUCUCGGCUCAGCAUUUUAAACCUACUUAUUGAUGAUGCAGGGAAUAAAUUACACACCAAGUACGUCAACGUUUUUUAAGAUUUUAUAAGGUGUAUACAUGUUUUAUAUCACGCAUGACCAUCAUUCCAUGUAUUUUUAUUUUUUUUUACAGUUUUAUGUUAUUUACUUGGGAUGAAUAUGUAAAAAUCUAUUAACUUGGUGUUAUUAUGCAAAAAGGCCAAUCAAAAUUUUAAGAUGGAAAAUUAAUAAAUACACAAAUUUAUUAGCAAUAUUGAGCGAAGUAUUGUGUAUGUUUUUCGUGUGUGUGUGUUUUAUGUAAAGGUCCUAAUUGUUUGUUUAAACCAAUUUGACUGCAAUUUAUUGCAACAAUAUUCUGUUUUGCUAGCAUCCCUGUCCUCUCUGUCAGGAGGCAGUGUGUGUUAAUAGAACUGUGCGGCAGAGUGAUCUUUACCUGGUAAUCCUGCUAGAAAAGCACAGAGUAUUCGAUCUAUAAGGCAAAAAUAAAACAAAUUACCCUGCACUUUACCUUUUGAAAAAAAGUAAAAAUAAGGGUUAAAUAAGCGAGAAAAUUCAUCUUUAACCUUUCUAAUGAGAUUUUUUUUUUGCUUUACACACACGCAUACAAA